UCUUAUAAUUAUUUUGGCACUUAUUUCAUAAAAACUAUAUAAGAAAGAGCCUCAAUCUUAAUUUUAUUUAUUUAUUUUAAAAAAAUAAUAAUAUUAAAAAAAACAAUAAAAAUGGAAUUAAUUCAAUCUGCACCCAAAAACGACAUCGUAUUAUCACAAGAAGAAGAAAUCAUCAACAUAACCGGAAAUCUCACCGCCGGUAACCAACAACGGCAACGCCCACUUUCCUUCGUACUGAGUUUCACCAACCUUACAUAUAGAGUAAAGCUUCAUCGUCCCAAAGGGUACAAUUUUCUCCGACGAAACAACGCCGGCGCCGUACCACCGGCAGAGAAAACACUCCUCGAUAACAUCUCCGGCGAAGUACACGACGGCGAGAUUUUAGCUCUAUUGGGAGCAAGCGGUUCGGGAAAAACAACAUUGAUCGAUGCUUUAGCUAAUCGAAUCGAGAAACAGAGCUUAAAAGGAACAAUCACUCUAAACGGAGAGAUUAUAGAUUCAAAACUCUCUAAAUCCAUUACUGGUUAUGUAAUGCAAGACGAUCUUCUUUUUCCGAUGCUUACAGUCGAAGAAACCCUCAAUUUUGCGGCGGAGUUCCGGCUACCGAGAUCAAUUGGGUCUUUAAAGAAGAGAAACAGAGUCCAAUCGUUGAUGGAACAAUUGGGUUUGAGAAACGUUGCCAAUACCAUAAUCGGCGACGAGGGUAAAAGGGGAAUUUCCGGCGGAGAAAGAAGGAGGGUUUCGAUUGGAAUUGAAGCAAUUCAUGAUCCGAUUCUGUUGUUCUUGGAUGAACCCACUUCGGGUUUGGAUUCAACUAGUGCUUUCAUGGUGGUGAAAGUUCUUAGAAGAAUUGCUGAUGAGAGUGGAAGCUUAAUUGUUAUGUCUGUUCAUCAACCAAGUUACCGGAUAAUCGGAUUACUUGACCGUUUGAUUUUCCUUUCCGGUGGAAAAAUAGCUUAUAACGGCGGUUCUUCCACUGAACUCACUCAAUUUUGCUCUAAUCUCGGUUACCCAAUUCCCGAAAACGCGAAUCCGGUCGAGUUCGUGCUCGAUUUGAUUUCCGAGCUCGAAAACUCCCCUACCGGAAUCGCUGUAUUUACCGGCGCCGGUGCCGGCGACGAAGACGACUACAGGCAAUUUCCAGUACUUAAAGAGGCAUUAAAAGCAAGAAUUUCAAAAGGGAACUUUACAAUUUCUAGCAAUGAAAACUCUAUAUCAAGUCCGAUUAUUUCCGGCAACGGAAAAUUAAUCUCCGGUGUUGAAAAAUUUGCGAAUCCAAUUUGGAUUGAAAUUAUGGUUUUGACUAAGCGUUCAAUUCUCAAUUCUAGGAGAACACCAGUACUGUUCUUGACUCGUUUAAUCACUGUUUUAACAACCGGUCUUUUAUUAUCAACAAUUUAUUGGCGUCUUGAUGAUUCAAGUAAAGGGAUUAGAGAAAGAAUGAGUUUUUUUGCUUUCGCCAUUUCCACAACUUACUUUUCAAGUUGUCAAUCUCUUCCUCUUUUACUCCAAGAAAGAUUCAUCUUCACCAGAGAAACUUCCUUCAAUUCUUACAGAAAACUCUCCUAUGCAUUCUCUCAAUCCAUAACAAUCCUCCCACUUCUUCUGAUUCUCUCAAUAGCUUUUUCCACAGCCACAUUUUGGGCAGUGGGACUCGCCGGAGGAAUUCGGGGUUUUGUUUUUUACCUGUGUGUAGUUUCCGGCUCAUUCUGGGCCGGAAACUCAUUAGUAGUGUUUCUCUCCGGUUUAGUUUCACAUGUGUUGGUAGGUUACACGGUGGUUGUGUCAGUCUCAGCUUACUUUUUACUCUUGAGUGGAUUCUUCAUUAGCCGGAAUCGGAUUCCCAGUUAUUGGAUUUGGUUUCAUUACUUUUCUUUGAUUAAGUAUCCUUAUGAGGGUGUUAUGAUGAGUGAAUUUGAAGACCCAAAAAGGUGUUUUGAGAGGGGAGUGGAUUUGUUUGAUAUGACACCUUUUGGUGGUGCUCCGGCGACUGUGAAGGAGGCGGUUUUGGGGAAUUUGAGUUCGGCGGUGGGUGUGAAUGUGACGAGUGGUACUUGUUUGAAGAAUGGUUUGGAUGUGUUGAAGGAGAUGGGGAUUAAUGAGUUGAGUAAUAAGUGGGAAUAUUUGGUGAUUUUGGUUGUUUGGGGAUUGUUUUAUAGGGUUUUAUAUUAUGUUUCAUUGUUGCUUUUGUGGAAAAAUAAGAGGAAGUAGGCUUAAAACUAGUUUUAUCAUGUAACUUUAAUUUAGUUGGGAGACUUGUAUAAUUAGAUUAUGAUUUUAUUUAUUGAUAAUUAGUUUUAUUA